GAACCAUAAUCAAAAUACCAAAGCAAAUCUGAAUUCUCAUUUUCAAAAUUAAUUAAAAUAAUGUUGGCAAACAAUUUAAAAUAUAAUGUUGGCAUAAAGUUAUUUAGAAUUAUAAAAUAUUUUAAUUAUUGUAAAUAUUGAUAUGUGUUUAUGAACUUCCAAAAAUGUAUUAGCUACUUAUGCAUCUAACUUUGAUCAUCGCUUUAUUUUCUAAUAUUUUUUUAAAAAACAUCAAUAUAUAAUUUGAUAAAUGUUAUGAAAAUACAUGCAUAUUUAAAUUAUAAAUAAAAUUGAUUUGAUUUGACUUAAUUAUAAUAAAAAUAAUUAUACUUCAUUUUGAAUUUGAAAUAAUAUAUGUAAGUCAAUAUAUUCACAACAUGAGUGACUCGACUAAUCUAACUUAUAUCUAAAAUCAUAGAUUUAACUACGAUAAUAAUAUAUAAUUUUAUAAGAAUAGUAAUUUAUUUUAUAAAUAUAAAUCAUAGGACAACUCAAAACAUAUUAAAAAUAAAAAUAAAAUAUUAACCAACUGUUACAAUUUAGUUCUUUUGUAAAAUAUUCAUAAUAUUAUCGUUAUAUUAAUGUAUGUAAUUUGGAAUCAUACACUUUAGUUUAUUUUUUAUUUCAUUCUAAGCACAAUAUACAUAAUUUUCAUAAAUUAUAUUUACAUAUCUAAGACAACAACCACCUGAAUGCAAAUAAGAAAUUAAUCAAAUUUUGAUAUAAAGAAUAAAAAAUAUUACACUUGGAUUCAGAUAUGCAAUCUAAUUUACCCAAAUGAUAACUAAUCGAAUGUAAAAACAACAAAAUCGAUUAGAUAUAACAUAUCUAAAAUCAUAUAUAUAAUUAAAGUAAUAUAAUAUUAUUAAUAUAAAUGAUGCAUAUAAAUUAUAAAUUAAUUUAAAAUUAAAAGAGAAUAGAUCUAUAGAAAAACUUCACUUGAAAGUCUAAAACUAUGCUUGGAAGAAAACAUUGAAAUCAGAUUCAAUACUAACGUUGAAAUAUCCAACCAACGGGUUUUGAGAGCGGUUGCAAUCAUCUCUAACGGUGGUUGCAAUCAUCUCUAACGGUGCUCGAUUGUUGGCCAAAAAGAGUUGAGAGAUCCAAAAUCAUAGUCAAAAAGCUUUAACUAGAACUGGAAAUGACAUUCUAGUAAGAAAUAGCAGAUGACUUAAAGGGUAGGAGACCCUGGAACCGUAGAGCCUUCUUGACACGCAAAAUUAGGUCUAAUGCUCAUACCAAAUGGCCAGGUCCAAGCCCAUAAAGAUCAUAGUAAUCUCCAGGGUUUUGUUGGGAGAAGGUGGGUUGUCACGCGCGCCAAACUAUGUUAACUCGCUGGAGAGAGUUAUGGAUCUGGCUAGGCUUGUCGUUGGAGUACAUAGAAAACAAUGUGCUGAGCAGCUAGGGCAAUGUCGCAGAGGUAGAGCUCGUCGUGGCUGUGUUGACUUCAGCGGAACUGAUGCGCAGUGGAGGAGGAGCGGUCGCAGGGGAAAGGCCAGUGAAGAAUCAUAUAUAUAGAUCUGGAGCCUCUAGCCUGGCUAUGGUGUAUGACGGUGAAAGAGUCAGUGGUUUUGUGAAGCGUCCAUUAAAGCGUGAGGUUUUACGCUAUGAGGAUUUCCAUUCGACAUUAGCCGAAUUUACAUAAAUGAUUAAAUAAAGCGAUAUUAAGGAAAUAUACGAAAUGAAAGUUAAUAUGAAAAACAUUUUUGUAAACAGCAUAUGGAGUCGAGAUAAAAUAUUUUUCCUUAACUUUUAUUAUUCGCUCAGUAGUGAGACGAUGUGAUGUAGCAAAUAAUGAAUCACAUGAUAAUAAGAGAAGACGAACAUUUAAAGAGGAGAAGACAAGCUAUUUACCGUAAUUGUUGUAGCACGUAUGCACGUUAGUGGGAAUCUCGUGAAGAUCUCAGAGGUUAGGCGUUACGAAACUUCCUCAACAAGAUCUUUUCUUGAUUAAAUAUUUGUCAAAGUAGAGAAAAUCAUGUUCUUUCUCAUGAACUAUAUGUCGUUUAAAGUGAACUAGAAAACUGAAAAUAACUUAGUCCAAAAACAAUGUUGGACCAAAGCCCACGCCUGAGCCAGUUGAACGGCGAUGGUGCAGAGCCAAGCUGAGUCUCUCUCACAAGCAUUUGACCUAUGACAAUGGUGGGAGAACAUGUAUAUAUUACUCCUCAAGGCAUCAUUCCCCGAUGUGGGACACUGGUAAUAACAUAAUCUUUUUGAAACUUGUAUAAUUCUAAGUUACCAUUUUUGUUGUUUCAUAUCUUAUUCUAUUUAAAUAUUAUUUUUAUUUAAAUAUUUUUGACGUUUAAAUAUACUAAAUUUUCGUUGUAAGCUUUGCAACGCACUAUUAAUCCGGCCACAAAACAUCUGUUUGACCGGAAAAGUCCGAGGAAAAAUCACCGGAAAGUCGAAAAAACCAGCUUCUGGAUUUUUGUUAAAAAGCAGAGUUCCAACACAGGUUUUUCACUAAUCAGAGGUAGGUAGCCUCUUGGAAAUGAUCAGGAACAUGCGUAAAACGGAAGAAAACCAAAAAUCUUGCGAACUAACACUAUUUAACACACAAGUUUUUUUUUUAACACACAAGUUUAUGUACGUAAUUGUUGUAAUCUAAACAUCUUAGUGGUGGUUUUAAGAGAUUAGCGAAUGGUAGUUUAGAAAAUUGUUUUUCUUAAUUUACAUGAUCAUUUUGAUAUCUAAAUAAGUAAAUAUAUUAUUUCUUCAGAAAUAGAAUAUGAUCUAACAAUGCAGUGAAAAGUUUAAAAAGGAACAUAAAGAAUGAAAAAUAAAAACGACAAAGCUGAAGAAUAUGUUUGUAUUUUUAUUAGUAAAACGAAUCCAAAAGACAUAACAUAUACUAUAACACAAGAUGGGAAGUGUUUUGGGGACAUCGACUAUACUUGGACAAAAGUCUCAUAUACUUUUCUUGCACAUUAGUUAAAUCGCAAUUAUAUAAGUUAGAAUCAUAUCCUUUUGAUUUACACCAUAAAAAUAUAUUUUUGUAUAGCCCAUUUUUGUUUCAACUGUACGUAGUGCAGUGCUUCAUAUAAAUUGAUGCAAUUCUUUUUACAAGAUAAAGUUUCAAUAUAAACGAUUGAGCCACUAUCGACAAUUGUGCAUUGUGUUAUCAUAUCUUAAGAUACCACAAAUAUGUUUUUUUUUGUUUUACUAAAACCACAAAACAUAUUUAGUUUUUUUUUUUAACUUUUACUUCGACAGUAUUUUAAUUUUUUUAAUAAUAGCGAAAUCAUGAUUAAUAUUGUUUUGAACUAGACUCUUGAAGUUAGUUUUUUUGUAAAAAUAUUUGAACAUUUAUUGUUUAAAAUUACAAUAUGUUUUAAACGUAAAACUGCAUGCAAAUUUCUUCUUAUUUUCAUAUAAUAUCGUCAUAUGUACUUCUUAAUUGGAUAGUUAUUUGGAGUUUUGUUGUCCCUCAGUUCGAAGCAUUCUUUGCUUAAAGACAGGGUAGCCCCAGGAAUAUAUAAAAGUUAAGUUCCCACCCCCAAGGCCCCCACGUUUUGGGUUAAAGAGAUGCAUUUUAUGUUUGUCUGAUUUUAUUUCUUUUCAAGAAAGUAUAGAAUCGUCGAACAUGUUGCACAUAAUAUUAGUGAUUAAUUUUAUGCAACCUCAGAGUUUUCAAUGUUUUAGAGUAAACAAAAAAAAAAGCUGUUUACACGCCUUUAGUACUGGAUGUUUAAACAUAAAACAAUUCCAAUAGUUUGUAUAGUGCUGCCGUAAAUUCAAGUAAAUGUUUAUAGCAUUUUGUCAUUUAGUACAAUAUUUGUUAUAGCAAAAAAAAAAUUAAAUAUAUGAAAAAUAUAUACAUCCGAAACUUAAAAAUCCACUCUUGCACUAGCUUCAUAACUUGGACUUCAAACUUGAAUUCAAGUAUUCCCGUUCUCAUAUUGUUUGUUUUAAUUACUCGAAAAUGAAUAACUUACAAAAUAUGUAUGAGGAAAAUAUUAAAUAAUACAGAGAAGACAUAUGUGUAAUGUCCCUAUUACUUAACCACGAAUCAACGUUACAAUAUCAUCAACCUACGUGACUUUGGAGACGGAUCUUCUAAUGCCUACGUUUAUUUAGUAAUUUUUAUAAUUAAAAGUUUGUGUUUUAGUUAACCAUCUUUAUCGGACUCGAGUAAUUCUUUUCUACUAUUGUGUUUUCUCAAAAGGAAAAGAUCGAUGAACAACAGGACUAAGUAAAGUCAAGCAGCUUGUUCAUCAUGCUUUUACAUUUUUUUUAAUGAAUCUUACCUAUGAGUUCGAACUUCGAUGACAAGAACUAUAUGCAUGUUAUUUUGAUUAAAACUUUCAUUUUCAUUUUGAUUAGAACUAUAUACACUGUGUCUGUGCUUUUUCAUAUAUUUCAAAGACUCAGAUCAGUUCAAGAUUAUGAUUCCUAUGUUAAUUAUUGUAAUGUUUAGCGAAAUUCGAAGACACAUAUCUUCAUAUAGUUUGUGCACAGAAUGAACCAUCACGACUGGCUACUUUUUAUCAACCCCGAACUGAACCCACGGGCCGGCUCUGCUUACAUAUGCAAGUAAAAACAAAAUAGACAAAACGAGAAUCUGAAUCUAAAUCAAAUAAUUUCUUUUUUACAAAAUAAAAAUAAAAAUAGACAACAAAUAUUUGGUCGGAGAAUGAGGAAUGUGUAAGAGAAACGUACAUGACAAACAAACAUGUCACGUGUGAAGCAAAUAGCAUAGCUGUAUGUAUCCCAUACUUCAAGUUCUAUCCACCAUGCAAACAUUAAUCUUUGAUAAUGACACUAGUUAAGAAAAACUUCAACUAUACGCAUUCACAAUAUAAUACUAUACUAUACUAUACUAGCUUAAUAAUAUAUAUACGAGCACUAUAAUCCCUGAGCUAUUUCUAACUUGUAAAUUUCAAGUUUCAACCAUAAAAUGAUAUGUUCUCUUCUCAGUCGAUACUUUUUUCUUUACUCAUGUAGUAUUUCAAGUUUCACACAUGAUCAUCACAUCUAUAACAAGACAAAAAAUGAUGAUACAAAUGAUACAUGUAUUAUGUAUAUAAUAUUUUGUUUUUUAAUAUAAAAAAAGAGUAGUAAUGUAGUAUAUAUUAAAUUAAAUUUAAAAACGAACCUAGACAAAGCGAAUAGUGAUGCGACCGUUCGCUUGGCAUGUCAAGUAAGUAUAUCGUAACCAUAACCCGACCCGGUUUCACGAACGAGUGAUAAAUAGCCAAGUAAUCAAGUUCCAGCACACGUAAGCCACUGUAAGACAACAUGGGCCCUCGCUGCCGUCUCUUAACUCGACCAAAGAACUCUCCUCUGUGUUUUUCUUUUAAAUAAAUGAAGACUUAACGCCGUUAAAACCUUCACUUUCCUCCACGUAUAAAUACGCACUUGUCUGCUCUCUCUUUCUCUUCGACAUACAAAACAAAAAUAUCAGAGCUCCGUUUCAGUUCUCGGGUGACCCGAUAACCCGAACUUGUCUUCCUGUUCUUGAAGAAAAUUAUCUGUUCGCAUUGAGUUGUAUUGCUUCGUGAGUGUGAAGUUUUGUAUUGAGAAUCUGAUUCUGUUUCGCUACGAAGCAGACAUUUCAGGUGCCUUGAACUGUUACAUUGUUGCCCCUCCUCUGUCAUUUGAUUUUGACAGAAUCGAUUCGUCACUCGUCUCUAUUAUUUUUUGGGGGAUAAAAUAGCAUAGAAAAUCUUACGUUUCUUGUUCGUUUCAAAAGCUUCCUUGUAUUUAUUGUUUCCUAACUUUUACUUUAAAGAAAGAAAGAAGAAGAAUACGCCAAGUUUUUCUCUCUUGCCAUCAUCAAUUGACUCGUCCUUUUACUCACAUUUAUUACGGUUGCUAAUGUUGUGCAACCAUUGAUGGUCUAUAUGUAGGCUUAGACACAGAACAAACCCCACUCGUGCCGGCUAUCACAAUAGGACUAAACCUUAAAGAGGAAAUAAAAGCAGCAGCGCUCUCUAAUCAAACACGCAGAUAUCGAAGCAAAGGGCUGAAAAGGCAAACAAAUAGUGAGCAGAAAAGAUGUUUACUUGCAUAGCUUGUACGAAAGCAGACGGAGGUGAGGAAGUCGGUAAUGGAGCGCGUGGAGGCACCACUCCCAAUACUAAAGAAGCCGUCAAAAGCCUAACCACACAGAUUAAAGAUAUGGCUAUAAAAUUCUCGGGUGCCUAUAAACAAUGCAAGCCAUGCACUGGUUCCACUACCAGCCCCUUGAAGAAAGGACACAGACCGUUCCCAGAUUAUGACAACGCUUCUGAUGGUGUUCCCUACCCUUACAUGGGUGGAAGUGCCGGCUCAACUCCUGCUUGGGACUUCACAAACUCCUCUCACCAUCCAGCCGGACGAUCAGAACCAAAAAAGUUCACUUCAGUCUAUGGAAACGAUCGGGAAUCUAUAUCUGCUCAGUCUUGUGAUGUGGUACUAGAUGAGGAAGGGCCUAAAGAAUGGAUGGCUCAAGUAGAACCAGGUGUCCAUAUCACAUUCUCGUCGCUUCCCACCGGAGGAAAUGAUCUUAAGCGGAUCCGCUUUAGCCGAGAGAUUUUCGACAAGUGGCAAGCUCAACGGUGGUGGGGUGAGAACUAUGAAAAAGUCGUUGAGCUUUACAAUGUACAGAGAUUCAACCGCCAAGCUCUUCAAACUCCUGCAAGAUCCGAGGACCAGUCACAGAGAGAUUCAACUUACUCAAAGAUGGAAUCAGCGAGAGAGAGCAAAGACUGGACACCAAGACACAACUUCAGACCUCCAGGAGUUAAUGUGCCGCAUCAUUUCUAUGGUGGCUCUAGCAACUAUGGUCACAAUGGAGGACCUCUGAUGGAUGCAUCACGAACCACGACUUCCUCGAGAGAUGAGGCACCGUCCAUGAGCAAUGCUAGUGAAAUGCAGGCUGAGUGGAUUGAAGAGGAUGAGCCAGGCGUUUAUAUUACUAUCAGACAGUUAGCAGAUGGGACUAGAGAGUUACGUCGUGUCAGAUUCAGCCGGGAACGAUUUGGGGAAGUGCAUGCAAAGACGUGGUGGGAGCAGAACAGAGAGAGAAUACAAACCCAAUACCUCUAGGAACAGGGAAAUAUGAGGCUUUUCAUAAUCUUUAAUUAACAAAUUAGUUAAUCUCCAGCACACAACAAUACAGCUAUACACAUUUUGGUUAUCAUGUUUAAUCUUGGCUUAAUAUCUAUACAUAAAUCAAUCAUCGAUCACUAAGCCUAAAUAUAUACAUACAACCUAUAUAAAAACCUAACAGACAAAAAUUGUGAAUCUAAUACUAUAUAAAAGUUGAGACUAUAAACUAUCGAGGGCGUCCACAUAAGAUUUAAAACCAUCAAUCGUAGUAUGACAAAUCAAUAUUUUAGUUUGCUUUUCUAAAAAUGUCAAAAAAAUUUAAAAAUCAAAUUAUAAAAAUGUCAACAUUACCAAAUAUAUUGUUUAUUUUAAACUAUAAUAUAAAUCAAUAUCAAAUAAGGUAGAUUUACAAAGAUAUAAAUACUAUAUUAAGUUAACAUAAUGUUUAAUAGUUUUUUCGAAAACUAAAAAUAAAUAACAAAAGAAUAAUUAAAUUUAAAAUACAACACUUUCAUAUAAUUAUAAUUAUAUAAAUCUAAAGUUAAACUCAUGAUUUUCAAAGCUUAGGUUACAUAAUAUUGAAAAUAUUCUGAAAUAACAUAUAAUAUAUAUAAGUUGAUGUUAUAAAUCAUUGAGAAUAUUCACAUAUUAUUUUAAAGUACUAAAAUCUACGAAUUGUUUUUUUUUUUUAAUUUUCUAUUUCUAAAAAUGUCAAUAUUACAAAACAAAAUUAUUUCAAAAAUAAAAUCUAUAUCUAUACUAUAUAAAAGUUGAUGAUAUAAGCCAUUGAAAGCUUCCACGUAGGAUUUUAAACGACUAAUCGUAUUAUGACAAAAAAACAUUUAAUUUGUUAUUUUAAGUAUGUCAAUGUUUCCAAAAAAACUCUUUAUUUCAUAAUAAAAAAAAUCAAUAUUAGAUAAGGCAAACUAACAAAAGUAAAACCAUUAUACAUAUAUUAACUUAAUAUAUAUAUAUAUAUAUAUAUAUAUAUAUUAAUAUUUCGAAAUUUAACAUAAAUUAACUAUAAAUAAUAAUUAAUUUUAAAAUACAAUAAUUCAAACAAUUAUAACUAUAAAUUUAACUCAUGAUUUUCAAAAUUUAGGCUAUAUGCUAUUGAAAAUAUUCAUUAAUAACAUGCAUUAUAUAUAAGCUAAGAAUGUAAAUAAGUGAGAAACAAUUCAUUAUAUUUUGAUUAGGAUUUAGAAAAUUCCAUAAAAUCAUUUAAAAUAAAAUUGAAACCAAUAUCAAACAAGGUAAGUUAACAAAAGUAAAACAUUAUAAUUAAAUUUUAUUUAAUAUAUAUAAUAUUUCUCGAAAUGUAACAUUAAAAUAAAAUACAAAAUAAGAAUUAAUAUUAAAAAUGCAAGACUUUCAAACAAUUAUAACUAAUCAUUAAUUAACAUUAACUCAUGAUUUUCAAAAUUUAGAAUAUAUGCUAUUGAAAAUAUUCAAAAAUAACAUAUAUUAUAUAUGAGGCUAUAAGUAAUUGACAGUAUACACAUAAGAUUAGAAAAAAAAACAAUCAAAAUAUGAAAAAUCAUAAUUAUAGUUUACUAUUUUUAAAAUGUUAAAAUUUCUAAAAUUGAUAAUACAAAAUGGAAUUCAACAUCAAAUAAGGUGAACUAUUAAAUAAAAGUUGAGGCUAAAAGCCAUUAGGAUAUGAUUUAAAACAACCAAUCAUAUUAUGACAAAUAAAGAUUUUUAUUUUUUAGUUUUAAAUAUGUCAAUGUUUCCACAAAACUAUUUUUAUUUCAUAAUAAAAAGAAAUCAAUAUUAAAUAAGGCAAACUAAGAAAAGUAAAAACAUUAUACAUAUAUUAACUUAAUAUAUAUAUACAUAUAUAUAAUAAUUUCUAAAUUUAACAUGAAUUAACUAAAAAUAAUAAUUAAUUUUAAGAUGCAAUAAUUCAAACAAUUAUAACUAUAAAUUUAACUCAUGAUUUUCAAAUUUAGGCUAUAUGCUAUUGAAAACAUUCAUAAAUAACAUACAUUAUAUAUAAGCUAAGACUAUAAAUCAGUGAUAAACAAUUCAGUAUUUUUUUAUUAGAAUUUAAACAUUUUCAUAAAAUCAUUUAAAUAAAAUAGAAACUAAUAUCUAACAAGGUAAGUUAACAAAAGUAAAACAUUAUAAAUAAAUUUACUUCGAAAUUAUAUUUCUCGAAAUGUAACAUUAAAAUAAAAUACAAAAUAAGAAUUAAUAUUAAGAAUACAAGACUUUCAAAAAAUUAUAUGUAAAUUAAUUAAACUCAUUGUUUUCAAAGUUUAGGUUAUAUAUUAUUGAAAAUAUUCAAAAUAACAUAUACUAUAUAUGAGGCUAUAAGUCAUUGUGAGUAUACACACAUGAUUAGAAAAAAAAUCAAUAUAUGAAUUAUAAUUACAGGUUACUAUUUUUAAAAUGUUAAAAAUUUCCAAAAUUGAUAAUACAAAAUGGAAUUCAACAUCAAAUAA